CCUCCUCACUUCUUCCGCGUUCCCUUGACUGGAUGGGAUUUUAUGUAACAGCGACUGGGGAAUAUAUGUCACGGGAAGAAGACCACAGGCAUCGCAGGCAGUGAUGCACACACUCGCACAGACGGACGCGGAGGCGGGCACGAGCGAGCUUCUGCAGUGAUCUGCCCUGGCAAUGCCGAGGCUGACUGUGAACCAUGCAGUUCUGCAGAAAGGUGCUCUGCCAGCCGUGUAGCGCCAGAGUCACUUCGCCAGAGGACGACAUGCAAUACAGGAUGGGGAGCUGCAUCGGAAUCUCACACAAACAGGCCGAAGCGGGGAGCCUGAGCGGAAGGGACAACCGGGCGCUGCUGCUGGCCGAAGCCCCCGCCUGCCAGGCCGGCCCGCUGUCUCGCCCCGUUCUCCCGGAGGUGCCGGUCAUCGCUGGAGUGGAGGAGGGCGGAGGAGCGUCAGACCAGGAGGACAAGGAGGAGCUCGAGUUUCCUCACGACCUGCUGCCCAGUUUGGAUUUCAGCAGCGAGCUGAACAUCUGGGAGUCCUCACUGGGAGCUCAUUCUAGCUCCGAUGGGAGAAAAUGUGAGCAGGUGAACCCCCUGCUGGUGAGUCUGCAGCAUCACGCGGAUGUCGGUGGACCACUGCUGCUUUUAGACAGAAGGCCUAACGGCAUCCAGCCGGUGACCCCAGAUGUCCAGGCUUCACCUCAGCAGGGACCCCUGACACCUUCCCCAACCAGCGUCCUGGAUCAGGAGCUCCAAAUGGCCUUCCAAAAAUGCGAGGAACAAAUGGUGUCGCUGGGCAUGCUCGCUUCUGAGAAGCCCGAGAAGGCUCAGGAUGUAGUCGGGAAGGCAACCAGUGAGGUGAUGGUUAAUGGGUCCGGCAAGUCCUUCUCGCCACUUCCAGUUGCAGUCCAGCCAGGACAUAGCAACGGGGGCCAUGGAAACAAGAGCACACAUGGAAACAGUGAGGCGGCAAACUGUCAGACGGAUACAGUGGUGUUUAGUUUUAGGGAUUACAUUCUCGGCACUGAGAACAACGCAGGGAAAACAGAAACGGAAACUAAAGUAGAAGCUAAUCAGAGUCUGGGGAGAGGUUCGGAGCUUAAGGCAGAAACAGGGAUGGCUGAAGAGAAGGAAAAAUCACAUUUAAAUAAAGAAUCUCCAGCAGAAGAGCGCGACUCAGACAAACAUGUUGGUCCAAGCGUCACUACGGAGAUAAGCAGGUCAAGAGAUUUUGAUACAGAGAUUAAAGAAGAAGGCCCAGGAGGAAGAGCCGAAAAUAGAAUCGACGAGUUUGAUAUCAAUGUUUGCACGGAUGAGGCUAAGUCAGAGAGUUUAGAUUCAGGAACGUCAGGAGUGCAGAAGGAAACAGACAAGCAAAGUGAGCAUGAUUUGUCAAAGUCAGCAUCAGAGAAACAGACGAGCGGCAAACAGGUUGGACAGAACAAAGAAGUUAAGAAAAAGAAACACAGGAAGAAGAAAAAGACAGAAAAGAGCUCAGAGAGCGAACAGCAACCAAAAACAAAGCCUCCACAGUCUGGAAUUGAAACACAGACUCUGUCACCAUUGUGUGCUUUGACUGGCACGGAUUCAGCAGAAAGUGCUACAUCAGAGUCGACGCCAGAUACUAAGCUUCUGACUUGUGGGGAGCAGACUGGUUACAAGCAGCAGCUGAGUCCCUACAAGAUGCUAAAGUCUUCGCCUCAGAGCGGUCUGGAUCAUCUUCCUGCCGCGGUCUGUUCACCUGUCUCCACGCUGGCCCUUUCACAGAGGCCCCAUCAGUCAGAUAACCACAACAACAUGGAUGCUCAGAGUGUUAUUAAUCAGAGCUUACAGCAUGAGCAAUGUGUAACCAAAGGAGAAAGCAGCAUCCUUACUACAACAACGCUCCAAACUACAGCUCUCACGCAGGCUGAUUCUAGUGAAAAGGGAUCUGAUGUACAGAAGCAGGAGGCUAUAGUUACUACAGGAGCAGAAAUACUCGCAGUGGAGGAUGAUCAGAGCGUACUCUCCGGCAGCAGGACUUGUGUGGGAGACGGUUUCGUGGAGAGCGGCCUUGGAAAAGCUUUAAUAGUGGUUAAUGCGUUGCCACUGACAACACCCACACUGUCAGAAGUGAUAGAAAGCGAGGGAGAGGGAGGAAGCGUGAGCCGGGAUCUACAGGAGAGGGCGGCUACAGUAGCGGUCGCAGAGAGCGAGGAAGGAGCCGGGGAAGGCGGACUGGGAGGAAGAGGCGCGUAUCUCGGCUCUGCGGAUGUGAACGGAGGCGAGCUCCUGGAGAGCCCCCGGCAGGUCUCCUUUAUCUGCUCACAGGGAAAUCGCACACUUCCACUCUCAGCCAAAGAGGGGGAGACUGCAUGGGAGGAAAGCUGCAGCGGCGAGAUGCCUCACAACUUGGCCGAGGUUGAAAUUAAGGGACCGGGACAGACGUGCAUUUGCAGCACAGACGCGGAGAUCUCACCAGCAGAAGAGACGGACAUAGAAAAGGAGCCGCAACGCUGUGCUAAUACCUUUGGUCCUGGUUUCCAGGAUCACAGUGCUACACGAUUGGAAAGAUCGGGAGAGGGAGGAGGGGGAGGAGGAGGGGGAGGAGGAAGAGAGGUGGGAGAAGAAGGAGGGCUUGCUGGGGAGCACAAUUCACUCAGCCAGUGGAAAGGCUCUGCUGGAGGGGUGUCAUCAGUCAAGACGGGAGCGAGCCCGCUCAGCGAUGUUGCCGAGUCACAGCUGAAGUCACAGUGCCGGGGUGAGCCGAUCGCUGCCGUCCCCGAGGGCUCAGAAGAGGAGCAUUUCUAUCACAGACAGCAUGACAUGACAGUUUCCCCGCUUCCGUCUUACUUUGAGCAGCAGCGGGGCUCAGGCAGCACAGCCGUUGGGAUAAAGGCUGAGCCGAUGCAAGGACGGGUCUCAGAGGAAACGCUGUCUUUGGGACAACCUUGUCAGACGUCGUCCGUCAAGGAGAAGAGCUGCGACCAGGUCCGCCGAAGCGAGCAGCGAGCAGAUUCCGAUCAACAGGUUGCACCCCGCAGCUCAGUCGAGAGGGCAGCCAAUAUCCCGAGUGAGAGCGGUGGCCCGAACAUGACUGGAAGAGGUAUCCUUCUGUGUGCCAGCAGUGGAGGUAACAGAGUUCACUUUGCAGAUGAUGUUAAACCUAAAGUCAGCUCCUCUGAGACUCUUAAGGAAAUGCAGGCUUCAGGUUUGGACUGUGCCUCUUUGCCUCCAUUGACUGUUCAUGAGACGUUGCACCAUCCGGUGACAGAAGCCAGCUACACCUUCCCCAAUCUUCUCAGCUUCAAGACACCAGACACGCCCACAAAUGCAGCUACAAUCACAGACGAAGCAGCAACACAUGGUUCAAACGAUGUUCAAGAGCAACAGAAGGAUGCCGGAUUGGGUGAAGGAGAUUCCACGAAAAUUAUCGCCUUAGAUCACUCACAUCAUGACCGACAUAAAAUAAACGCUGGAGACUUGGCGGAAACGGCCGAGGCCAAUGCCGAGGGAUGCUCGAAACAGAUUUUAGCCUCCACUGGGGAUAAUCUGCUAGUUAAUGACGAUUGUUGCAUUGAGCGUGAGUCUAAAGAUUCAGAUAAGACUGACCCCCUGCCGGAUGAUUCAUCUUCAAAGCAAGAGCUUGCUCUGACUCUUGAAGAAAAAGAAGGGAACCAACAUAAUGCAUCUGAUGAUCUCACCUGCAAAGCUCUCGUCCUCCCGGAGGAGCUUCUCGGCACUGAAGCCGACACCUCAACUUGCACCGGAUCCAAGUCUCCUGAAGCCACCUCUCAGCCCUCCUGCUAUUUAGAUGAAACCCCUCAAACUGGACCUGUCAUUACUGAUGUCAUAGCGUCUACUGGGGGACCAAGUGACGUUGCUGGUUUGGCAGAGGAAGUGACCGCCUCUGUCAGUAACCCACCCGUUAUGUUACAGCCUCCUGGACCAAUGAUGAGUCACUUGGAGUGUAUUACCGACUGUGAUGUCUCUGUUUCUGAGCACACAGAUGGAGACGGCAUCAGUGUCUCCAGAGAGACGGCAAGCGGCGAGAGUGGAGAAAUGAGCGAAAUGUCUUUAGUGGACGGACUACAGCCCGGUAUGGCUGGUUUGAGGGCAGAUGAAACUAGUCAGGAAGCGAAGGACAGAGAUUGCGCCGAGCUCCGUGAUGAUGAACUCCAGAUAUCUCGCACCAAAAAUUUGAAUAAUCCUUUUUCACAAGUGGAAAGUUUGACUCUGGCGGCCCAGUCGGCAGCUGCAGACGACCUGCUGUCAAAGGACAAAUCGGAUCAUGCAAUGUCGACAUGUCACAGUGAGACAGAUUCUACCACCAGUCAAACAUCUAAUAGAGAUGGUUUAGUAAGUGGUAACUGCCUUAUGAGUGAGACGUAUGAAGGGAGUCGUAUGGGGGAGAAAAAUCAAAUAAAUGAAGAUGUAAGCGUGGAUAAUCAAGAGCAAGCAGCAGGUAACAAAAUGCAGCAGAGUGGAGAGACAGACCUUACAGUGCAGCAGCAGCAGCAGCAUAAUGGACCAGAUAGAGAGGCUGUUUUUAUGGAGGCAGGAGUUCUGCAGCCACAACAUAAACACGAUCUGCAAAAAACGGAAUCACAGCCAACAGCAAGAGCAAACAGAGAAGAAAGCAACGCAAGUUCUCCUUGGAGAUGUGAAAUUUCCUCCUCAUCCCCCAGCAGAACAUGCGAGGGUUUUUUACCUCCCGUGUUAGAGUCUAGCACCGCACCUCAGACUGUUUAUGACCAGGGUUUGAGCCAAACCGUGUCAGCAGCGCUGGAAUGUGGCUCUGACGCUGCACCAGAUCUGAGGCCAGCUUUUUGCCGGUCGCAGGACUUGCGAGAUCUAAACAGUUUAGAAGCGGAGCAGAGGGAGCAGCGAUCCACACUUUCCACAGAGAAGCUGGCGGGUGGAACCGCUGAGGGCGAAGAAAAGACUUGCAAAGGGACUCAAUCUGUAGUUCAGGAGGGGGAAGACAGCUCUGAUCAGCGUGCGUUUAAAUCAGAAAGAAAGGAUGAGUUGUUGGAUUUGCCAGCAACAGUAAGGGUAGAGGUGCCGCCAGCCUUUCCUGGAGAUUUAAAUGGAGGUGAAGGUGCUGCAGAUGGAAAAGCAUCAGUUGACUCAGGGAUAGUGCCUGUUUGCUCUCAAGUAGGUGAGAUUUCACAGAGAUUAGAUGUGAAUAAACACCUGGGCUUAGAGCUAGAUGAGUCAGACAGAAACGUUAAGGCAGACCCAACGACUCACAUGGGGCAGCAUAGAGCAUCUGAAAUGCUAAACACCGCUGCAUCCGUUGAGUUUCCUUCACGGAAACCUGAGUCUUCACCCGUCCAACGCUCAGUUUUAUCAAAGGUCAGCACAGAUGGUCAAGACGCUGAUGUAGAAGGCAUUGCAAGUGCAAACCAAGCUAAAAAAGUUUAUCCAGAGGGAUUUGGCACAAUGCAGGAUGUUGUUGGGGAAGCAGAAACUGGGGGAGAGGACUUUGGUGCUGCCUCAGCUAUGGAAAGCAAAGGGGUUGAAAUUAAGGAUGCAGAGCUGCAAACCCGCCAUCAAACCCCAAACACAGAUACAAGCCAAGUUGUGCAAAUAGCCGUAAAAGGCUCUAAUGUUGAGGAAAGCCCUAAAGAAGACGAGGCCGAUUUAGUAGAGGAGAGCGAACAGAGGGGGGUGCAAGCAGCUGACAGUGGAGCAGGAAAGCAAGUGAUUUUAAGUUUAAAUGACAAAGAAAGUGGAACAGAACCAGGCUCAAGUCUCCUUAACGAUGGGGUGCCAGAGAGCAGCACAGAAACCCCCGUUUGUUCCUCAGAAGGGGGUGUGACUUGUGCCAAGGCCGCUGAAAUAGAUGAUAUAACAGAUAACGCGAGCGUUGAAGCCAACAUCGUCCCAUCUGUCGUUCCUUCAACCACCGUUACGGCCCCUAGUGAGUCAGAGGAUCCCCGUGAUCAGGUGGCAUUUUCACAGCCACAGGAUAUUAGUGAGGUAAACGCCCCUGCUGCUGCUGGUUCUCAGCGUGAUGCAGAACCUCUUGAAAAGACUCCUGCCUGCAGCUCUCUUGUUGAGCGAGAUGCGUCGCAGAGUUCUGAUCCCGAGCAAGGAUCCCAGGGACCAGAAACAAACCGGACACAAGCCCUCCAAGAAGCUCCAUCCCUCUCUGAGAGCAAACAUAUGAGCCCGCAGGAGGCCUCGAGACCACUCCCGUCUCUGGAGUCGCCUCAGGUUGAGUUUCUUACUCCCAGCGAGGAGGUAGCCGCUCCGCUGGGACCAGAGGAGGCGAUCUCUCCACCGCAGGAAGCAGAAGAAAAGGCAGCACUGAGCUCAUGCCUAAGCGCUGUGAAGAGGCCGGUAGAUCUUCCUCAGCCUUUAGAAAAGGUAGCUCUUCCCGAACCAACAAAAUAUAUAGAAGAUUUGAGCGCAAAGGCUGAGCUCCCAGAGGAACCGUCUAAAAAAACACAACGUUUAGAGCCAGAAUCUUCUCAAAAGUCUGAAUGGCAUCCCACUGAAGGAGCAGGAGAGCACGCCGAGCUCUUACCACCCGCUCAAGAGACAGAGGAGAUCCCAGAGCCAGUAGAAACCAAAGAAAUAGAAAGUCAAGAAGGUUUGCAACCAAACAAGCCGGAGGCAGAACCUGUACAACAGGAGCAGCGGUUGUCAGAAGAGCCGGGAAUCCCCCCCGCGGAGGCGCCACCUGUGGAGCCGUCUAAAGUCCCCGCUGAGAAAACUGAAGAGCCAGAACCAGUCGAAGAUCCCUUUACAGAGCUCCAGCACAGCGGGCUCUCCCUCGCUGAGCCGGCAGAGAGCGGUCACCCUGCCCCUGCUUCUCCCACACCUCCCUCCGGUGAUCACUGCCCUACACACCUGCCUGCCGUCCCUCCUCACCUCCCCACCACAGAGCUCCCCCCUUUGGAGGGCGCCACACUUCCACCGACCCCACCUGCAUCCCCCUGCCUUCCUCCUCCAGCCCCCGCAGGGCCAUGUACACUUUCUGCUGAACCCUGCGAGGAGCUUCGCCCCAUUUCUGCAUCGUCCCGGGUUCCUUUAAGGAGCUCGGACUCUGACGGUGCUUUUGAAACUCCUGAAUCUACAACUCCGGUGAAGGCUGCUUCUCCCGCUGAGCCCCAAAGAGAGCUGCUGGAAUCUGACGACAAAGGUGUCAACGACCCAGAAGGGGAUCUCACUUCAGACGCCGCUGCGGCCAAUUCCCCCUGUCGCUCCCCGUCUAUCGUCUUUGAUGAGAACAAACCCAUCGCUGCGAGUGGGACAUACAACUUUGACUUUUUCGCCGCAGAGCCGACGAGUCACACCCUGACCCGCUCUCUCAGCCUCCAGGGGGGGGAGCUCAAUAGCCCCGGUCUGCUGGAGGGCGCGGCCCCAGAAGCUUUCCGUCAACAUUCAGAAUCCUUCAGCGUCGGCACCGAGAACACCCCGGGCAAACUCCGGAGACCUAAGAAGGUCAGUCCCGGCUCAGUGAAGAAGAAGCCCCUCUUCAGACAGAACUCCAACCCUGACAGCUCCAAGCCGGCCUCAUCCAGCAGCACGCCAGAAAUUACGCAGCGCGCAAAGCCUCGGACUGCUAGCCCUCUCCUGACUCAGGAGGAUCCGGAGGUGGGCUCUGCGAUCCCGAGCCCUGGAGGCACUCUCAGAAGAGCCAGGAAGAGCCGUGUUGAAACGCCGCCCCCUCUCCUAGAGGAAACCAAUCAAACCUGCCAGCAGGAGAGCAAAGGAGCGCCUGCGUUGCCCUUGUGCCAAGAGGAAGCCCCUCCUGCAGAGAGUGUGACAGACAAAGACAACUCUCCAAUCCCACCCAGUGCCUCAUACAAAUGGGAUCCCGACAACUUUGAGAACAUCGACCCCUUCAGCACUGGAGGUAGUAAGAUUGCCAACUCUCCUGUUCUGGGUCGUAAAGGUCCUAUCUGCGGCCCCGCGUCCAGUCCUCCUCGGAGUCCCCCUGUCCCCGCCGCAGAACCACCUCACCACACGGCCAUCGCACCCCUGGAAGAGCUGACCGCCAACCCCGAGGAGCAACCCAUCUUACCCAAGCGUCAGCCAGUAAGGCUGGAGUUUGACUACUCCGAGGAAGGCUGCGAGGCGUCACAGCAGGCCGCUCCUCCGCUGAAGAAAGCGGGCAAGAAGCCCGCCAAGAUGCUAGCGAGGAAACCAAAGCUGGGGCUGAAGAAAGCGACGCCGCCACAGGUGGAGCAGCUGGACAACAACCCCGCCGCCACGCACAACGGGUCGGACGAAAUCCCCAUCCCCAAAGUGUCGUACAACAUCGAGCCCGACAAGUGGGACGAUCCGAACUUCAAUCCGUUUUCUUCAAAGAAAAGCAUCUCCAACUCCCCCAAGUUAUCCCGGCCGUCGUACACCUUUGACCCGAACGAGGCCGACGAGUCCGCGGACCCUUUUAAAUCCUCCAACAAAAUGGCCUGCUCGCCUCCCAGGGCGCCUGCCGCCUUCGAAAUGUCGCCCAAUGACUAUGAGAACGACAACGACAACGUCGGGGAACUGGAGGACCAAAACCAGAACAAGCCAGCUAAGAAGAAGAAAGCCCCCUUAAAGUCUAAUACUUUCAGAGUGAAGAGAUCGCCAAAGAAAUCCCCACUGUCUGACACAUCCCAGGACCCCACAUCCGCAGAUGAAUCUCCGUCCCUUCAUCAGCAGGAUGACCACGCCACCGACGAGGAGAAGCUGGCCUCCUCCACCGGUCAUAAGUGGGCGGCCCGCCACGGCAUGGACCAGGAUUUGAACCCGGACCACCAAGACAUCCCGCAGCCCUGCGACGUUACGACUUUCGUAAAUGAGAACAGUCUCCCUCAGGAGAAUCCAGUCCAGGACUAUGAAAUCGAGUACAUGGAGAAGAUUGGCUCUUCCUCCCCUCCGCUGUCUCUCAAAAAGCCAUCUCUAUACUUGAACUUGGACUCGGUAUCUGAGAACUUGACCAAAACUACAUGUGGACAUGGAUCUGAACCCAGCUCCCCCUGCACGGGGAGCUUUGAGGAAAUGGAGGCCCAGAUAUCCGCUGGCAUGAAGACGCCAGUGCUGAGCCCGCGGCCCGGUCCCGAAGGCUCUGCCGGGGAUAAGGGCAGGAAGCGAGAGUCCGAAGCGCUCAGCCGGACACAGAGCAUAGAGAUGGAAGAGCAGCCCUAUAGCCAGGGCCCCGUGGAGGCCCCCGCUCCUGCCCCGGCCCCGGCCCCGGCCAUGCCCCCGUUGUUAGACAGGCUGUCUGAGAGCGAGGACCCCCUGCGGUACCUGGAGCCUGACCUGGCUGAGACCAACCCAACCGCGUUCGCCCAAAAGCUACAGGAGGAGCUGGUGCUUGCUGCCCUGAGGCUAGAGGCUCUGCAAGUAGCCCAAAGCAUCUCCCAGUGCCCCUCCCUCUCCACUGUAACCCCCCAGCGGCGGGACAUGCUGUCGUCUGCGGAGAGCUCCAUACCCAAGAGCUCGCUCUACGCCAAGACGACCAGCGGCAGCAGUGGCUACAACGACGGCGAGAGUCCUCAUCUGCCGAGAGAUCUGGACCAGUCGCUGGAUAUCGCGCGAGAGGAGAUUGUGUCAAAGGAGAAAGAAGUCCUGGAGUGGCAGAGGAAGUAUGAGGACAGUCGACAGGAAGUGGUGGAGAUGAGGAGGAUUGUUGCUGAAUAUGAGAAGACUAUUGCUCAGAUGAUAGGCAUGCCAGAGGACGACCAGAAGGAGAAGUCUCUGUCCCACCACACCAUCCAGCAGCUGAUCAUCGAGAAGGACCAGGCCUUGGCCGACCUCAACUCUGUGGAGAAGUCCCUGGCUGACCUCUUCCGUCGCUAUGAGAAGAUGAAAGAUGUGCUGGACGGCUUCCGCAAGAAUGAAGAAGUCCUAAAGAAAUGUGCUCAGGAGUAUCUGUCCAGAGUCCGCAAGGAAGAGCAGCGAUACCAGGCGUUGAAGAUCCACGCUGAAGAGAAACUUGACAAGGCCAAUGCAGAGAUAGCACAGGUCCGAGUGAAGGCCAAGCAGGAGCAGGCUGCCCACCAAGCCAGUCUGAGGAAGGAGCAGAUGAAGGUGGACUCUUUGGAGCGCACUUUGGAACAAAAGAACAAGGAGAUCGAGGAGUUGACGAAGAUCUGCGACGAGCUGAUCGCCAAAAUGGGGAAGAGUUAGCAGCCGCAGCACAAGCAAACCUCACAAGCGAAUACUUGUAUGAACACAAAGUGGAUCACUGUUGCAAGAAACGACGGACAUUUGAGGCCAAAGAGGUCCUGGGGGUUCCCACUUCCUACGGAGUCUCCACAGAAACGACCUCCUCUUAUUACUCUGUACAUUUUUGAUGUGUCAGUGUAUCGUACUGUAUCGGGGGUCUGGUUUAAAGUUUUAGCAAAUCUAUCAUAUCAGUGACGAGUGAUGCGUGCGUGACUGCGUGUGUGCGGUGACGAAGAAGCGCCGGGAUUGUUUGUGGGUUUGAAUUACGUGUUUUUUUUUUGCCAUGACAGCCACUGAGGGAGAAGACUGUUUACCCGCUCCUGUUAGUUUCUCCUCUUGAUGCAAGAUUAAGGUAGAUUUUGAAAAAAAAAAUAAAAAAUAAAAUUAAUUAGCCACAGAUGUUUAGAUUUAAUUGUACAGUCUGGAGACACUUGGAACACGACACAAACCAUCACGAUAGUCUUGCAUGUAAGGGAGAAAGAAAACCUUGUAAUGUUAUCGUUUGUAUAUACUGUACUCUGGAAAAUCCAAGUAUAAAACAGAAAAAAAAAAACGUGUCUGCAUUUUGAUAUUGUUACUCUAUCAUCCUCACCCUGCUGCCCUCGUGUAAGCAUUUAAAUAUUUAUCAUGCUUGUCAUAGUGUUUUUUUGAUGAAAUCGUGGGACUUUAUUAAUUUUAUUUUUGGGAGGGGGGAUUUAUUUUGAUAUAAAACAAACUAAUUGUGACUGUAUUCAGUUAUGAGCCGGAGCAAUUUUACUUCUGGGGGACGACGUCUGUGUCCUGCAGGGGUCAUUUUUCACCGAGGAAUACUCCUCUUCACAGCUACUGUACAGCAUCAGCUUACAAAGUGCAAUAAAAGAUGGCAAUAUAGCUCAACGUUCA